AUGUCGAUUCAACUUAUUAUUAUUGUGAUAUUAUUCCUCGACAAUCCUGAAGCACGAAACGUCUUGAAGGAGCGCAACACCAGUGCAGUGUGCAAUCCAGUUGAAUUACUUUUGGAGAAUGCAAGAAAACUUCCUUGUCGAGGAUUCUUGAAACAGGUUUCUGUCCCUGCAGAUGCUCUCAUUAUUUCUUCAUAUCGACAUGUCAGCCCAUUGAACCUCACCGUUACCCGACACAAACUCUCUCUGGGCUUACCAACGGAUCUUCCACCACCGCUUAGAUUGCCUCCGCCAGAUGGCUAUGAUUAUAGUAAUGCGCCAGAAUGUGGAUAA